AUGGGCCUGUUGGUUCCACGAUAUGGAGCAUUGGAUUAUGUAGGCUGGGAGACUAACGCUGCAGCUGCAACUAUGGCUCUAGAUAAAGCCAGAGAGAUGCAGUUAUUACCAGGUUAUAAUCUCAGUGUAACAUGGAGAAAUGGAGCCUGCAAUGCUGGUAGGGCACUUGGAAUGGCUGUUGACAUGAUCACAAAUGACAACAUAAAUACCAUAAUAGGACCAGCUUGCUCAGCAGCCGCCAUCGUUGUCUCUCAUUUAGCCACGUUCUGGAAUUUUCCUGUGUUUUCACACGCAUCCAGUGAUCCCGAGCUUGCAGAUAAAACUACAUUCCAAACACUAGUGCGUGUAAUGCCACCUUAUAGUAAAAUGGGCAAGGCGUUUGUGGAGGUUUUUCGAUAUUUUAAUUGGACUGUAGGAGCGAUGAUGUCCGUUGAUUAUAGUGGACAAUAUUCUUUCGAAUCGUAUGCACACCGGUCAAUUCAGGGCGAAUUCAGAAAAGCGAAUAUUAUGUUGUCUGAUGACGUCAAAGUACCAUCUAACAUCAGCAGUGAUGAAAUUAACGCACAUCUAGAAAGGUUUCAAAAAAGGGCAAGGAUUAUAAUUCUGCUUUUAUUUCCUGGGGAGGUGAAGCAUAUUUUGUACCACGCUAGCAGGUUGGGAAUGACGAAUGGAGAGUACGUGUUCCUCACGACGUUCGGUAUGUUGCCAGACGAAAACAUGGUCCGUCCAUGGCUGGAUUUGAUAACACCCGGUCAGGAUGAGGAGAAUAAAGGUCUUCUCUUCGAGAAGAGAUUGUUCGAAUCUUUGCUACAGAUCACAGUUUCUGCAGUGAAAAAUGAAGAGUCAGAUCGAUUCAGAGAACAAGUAGCCAUUAAAAUGAUGGACGAACCCUGGAACUUCAAUAAAACGUAUUUGAAUGGGUUAAAGGGUUCAAUGUAUUCCCUUUACCUCUACGACACAGUGUUGGUGUACCUAAUGACAGUCAAUAAGACAAUACAGAGGGGAGGUAGUCUGUCAGAUGGCAGACUAAUGUUUGAAAAUGCUAAGGAAAUUGAAUUUGAUGGUAAAAGUGGCAGGGUAAAGCUAGACAAGGACGCAGAGCGAGAGCCAGACUUCUGGAUAUGGCAGCUAGUUCCAUCCCAAAACGACUUUACACACUUUGGAACCAUCGAUAUGGACAAACCAAUCAAACAGAGGUUCCAUGUUGAGGCAGAGCCAUUUUGGAAGACCAAAGAUCGUAGGCCACCACUUGGUAUUCCCGUAUGUGGCUUCUACAAUCAAUACUGUGAGGUGGAUAACUCUCUGUCAGAUGGUGCAUUGAUAGGCAUCAUAUUGGGCGUUGUAGUAUGUUUCUCCCUUGUACUUGGAUUAGUUAUACUCAUGUUCUUAAGGAAAAGGAAACAUGACCACGAAAAAAUGUUGGAUAUGUGGAAAAUACGUCCGGAUGAGAUUAUGACAAUCAAACCAAAAUCCAAGGGAUCCUCAGGUUAUAAUUCAGUUGGCAGCACUAACACUCACUUCUCGGGAACGCAUGCUCCAAGUCUUGGAAGUGGACUCCUGGCGGGCAGUUGGAAUAAUCAAAUUGGAAUUUAUAAAGGUUAUACUGUCCACCUUAAGUCGAUAAAAGUUGAUGGUGCAGUACUUUCACUAAACAAAACGGACUAUGAGGAAAUGAAAAUAAUGAAAGAGUGCAACCACGAGAACAUCAAUCCAUUCUUUGGCAUAUGCAUGGACGCCAAAAACUCAUGCAGUAUUGUCACAUUAUUUUGUCCAAAGAGAAGUCUUGAGGAUAUCAUCAAUAAUUCGGAUGUUAAACUGGACUUCCUCUUCAAGCACUCGUUUUUAGUAGAUCUGAUAGAGGGCAUACACUAUCUUCACUGUACAAAACUCGCUUCACAUGGUUCUUUGAAAAGCAGCAACUGUUUGAUUGACGGACGUUGGCAACUGAAGAUUUCGGAUUAUGGCUUGCAUGAUUUACAUCUAGCAUGUAAAACUGCACAGGGUGAAGACUCAGAGUAUUAUGCCAAACUCUGGACAGCUCCAGAACUGCUCAGGAUGACGGAGCCACCUAAACAAGGAACUCCAAAAGGGGACUGUUACAGUUUUGCUAUCAUAUUACAUGAGCUGUUAUUCAGAGAGUCACCAUACUCUACAUUAGAGCUGUCACCAAAAGAUAUUGUGAAACGUAUUGCAAGAGCAGAAAAUCCGCCAUUUCGACCAACAGUUCCAAAAGGCGAUGAAUUAGAUGCAACGCUCAUGGAUUUGAUGUACGAUUGUUGGCAGGAGAAUCCCGAAUUCAGACCAACUUGUGCUGAAGUAAAGAAAAUCAUAAUAUCAACAAAUAAAGGGCGAAAGGUAAACAUAGUGGACAGGAUGCUUAUUAAGAUGGAAGCUUAUGCCAAUAACUUAGAGGAGAUCGUAGAUCAGCGAACGCAGGAGUUGGUCGAUGAAAAGAAGAAGACAGACGCCCUGUUAUAUAAUAUGUUACCCCCUGUAAUUGCCGAAUCACUGAAGCUUGGACGACACGUGGCACCGGAAAUGGUUGAAAAUAGUACCGUUUUCUUCAGCGAUAUUGUGGGUUUCACAUUGCUGGCAGCAAAAAGUAGUCCACUCGAAAUUGUUGUUUUCCUAAAUGACCUUUACACUAUGUUUGAUGAAAUAAUUGGGAAAUAUGAUGUCUAUAAGGUUGAGACUAUAGGUGAUGCAUAUAUGGUUGUGAGCGGAGUGCCAGUUAGAAACGGUGAUAAACAUAUAACGGAAAUUGCCGACAUGUCUUUGGACAUUAUGAGUUCGGUAAUGACAUUCAAAAUUGCUCAUUUCCCAGAGAAAUCACUCCAGGCUAGAGUAGGGAUUAACACAGGGCCUUGUGCCGCAGGAGUUGUUGGUCAUACCAUGCCUCGAUAUUGUCUCUUUGGAGAUACCAUCAACACAGCAUCAAGGAUGGAAUCCACUGGAUUAGCUUGUAAAAUCCAAUUAAGUCCGAAUGCAUACGGCGCCCUAAUUCAGCACAGGGGAUACAAAACGGUAGAAAGAGGAGUCGUGGAAAUAAAGGGUAAAGGCAAAGUGAUUACUCAUUGGCUUGAAGGCCGUGACGAUUUUUCUAGACCGCUACCAAAGCCAACUGACGAUACGCAUUCUAACUGCAGCAACCUUCAAAAUACCUCAAACAUUUCACUGGACAUCCGUGAUAGCAUGGCAAACACUACCUUUGACUCGGAACCUCCUCGCAAUAAAACAAACACAACGCCAGAUUCGGAUAAACUGAAUAAUCUGAACAAUAUACUAUUCCACAAUAAUGAGGACCGAUCGGAAAACAGUAACAAGCUCAAUGAGAAUAUAAUGUAGUGUGUGUAUUGUUGUUAAGAAACUACAUACAAUGUAAUGAUGAAAAAGAAAAAACAAGUUUAUUCAAAAUAUUCAUAUAUUGUAGAUAUAGUAAUGUUGUAAUAACACGGGGUUGUAUCUCAAAAUUACCGAGAUAAACAUGGAAUAAACCUGUGAGUGAUAAAAGUGGAAUAUGUUUUAAAUCUAAUCAUUUGAUAGUCAAUUCAAUUAUCACGAACAUCUGAACCUUUCACCAGGCUACUCUUUUGAGUUUUAGAGAAAAGCUAGAUUUAGUACCAUCACUCAUUUUUCCAAUUUUCAACAGCGCAUGCGCAUCCAGCUUCAUGAUGGAGGUAAAUUGGAGCAUAUCAUCUAAAAUGUCAAAUAUCUCUGUAAGUAAUUAUGUG